AUGCCCAAGGCUACCACACCGACUUCUGCCCGUUCGCGGCGUCACAAUCCUCUCGAAGAUGAUCUAGUAUCCACCGGGCCGCUCCGGUCCAAGGCCCCCAAGAGGAAGGCCAGGGACAGCAAGGACGAGGAUGGCGACCGGUUCGUCGACUCCAAGGCGUCUCGGAACAUUCUCAAAAUCAGCCAAGCCCUCGCCCGAGAGGCGGAGGAUGAGCUGCCCAAACCCCAGGUCGCGCAGCAGCCCCAGGACCUAUUCGCCUUCGACGAGAGGAUAGAUGCCGACACUGCGGCGGAUAACAAGUUUUACGACGACGACGAAGUAUGGGGCGACGAGGACGAGGAGGUGGAAGAAAUCGAAGUCGACCCGACCGAUCUCGAAACCUACCGAAAGUUCAUGCCCGAAGAGGACGAUGACCUGCUCAAGCACGGCUGGGAUCGCAGACCCCCGAGGGAGCGGCGGAAGACAGCGAAGAGCCUACGAACCUGGCCGAUUUGA